CAAUGGUUACGGUUCCGUCGCAACUUGUUACCUGAUAUUGUCAUUUCUGACCCUGCCCCCCCCCCCCCCCUUUUCCACCCCCCACCCCCCAUAAAACGGCAUUUAGGAUUUGUCGUAAAUAAUUUUAUUUAUGACACAAUGACUUGCUUAAACAUUAUAAUACGUCUUUUUUGUCCGACCUUGAACAGAAUGUUGACUUUCCUCUUCCUGCCGACCUUUAACCUUUGGCUGCUGCUGUGCCCCAGCAAGCUGAGCUAUGAUUGGACGGGAGCAAGCAUCCCGUUGGUGAACUCUCCAGCAGAUUCUCGCAAUAUUGUCUCAGUGCUGGUGUACACAGGUCUGGUUCUUCUAGUGGUCAGAUGCCUACAACAAGAGUGUCGACAGACAAGGCGGCCAACCAGCCAAACAGCCACACUCAUGUCUGUAGCGUUGAUGGUCAUUCCGUUCUUACCAGCCUCAAACCUGUUCUUUAGGGUUGGCUUUGUGGUGGCUGAGAGGGUGCUCUACAUACCCAGCAUGGGAUACUGUCUACUGUUGGCCCAAGGCUUCCUGGCAUUGAGUGCUCGACUGCCCAGGUGGAAACCCUAUCUUGUGACCAUCUUUGUUCUACUACUGGUUGUGUUGACAGCUCAGACCUGGAACAGGAACCCAGCCUGGCAAUCGAGGCGUUCUCUUUUCUGGUCCGGGGUUCGAACCCUGCCCAACAACGCCAAGAUCCACUACAACCUGGCCAAUCUACUUAAAGAUGAGGGCAACAUUCAGGAAGCGGAGAUGCAUUACAGGACAGCCAUCAGGUUGAACCCCAAUGUGGCCAGCUACCAUCUAAAUCUUGGAACCAUACUGACCAACAAAACACAGGCUCGUCAGUGCUACCAGGAGGCACUGCGCCUAAGACCCCAACAUACUGGCGCCCUAGUUAACUUGGGCAGUCUGUUCGUGGAUGAGGGUGAUUCGUCAGGCAUGACUUAUAUCAGACAAGCUCUAGCCAUUGAGCCCAACCACAUCGAGGCGCUCCUGGUCAUGUCCUCCAGCCUACUGAACAGACAAGAUAUCCAGGAAGCCAGGAGAUACAUCUUGCGUGCCAUGCAAAUCAAACCGGACUCUGCCAAAGUGCGCCUGUUAAACGCCAUGUACUUACACCACACAGAUCAAACUACAGCCGCUCUACGGGAGUACCAGAUCACCCUCAGUCUCAACCCUAAUGACACAGAUGCUCUGCUGAAUUCUGCAAGGUUGCACUUCACCUCAGGACAGCUGAUAGAAGCAGAAAGGAAGCUGGAGAAGGCCGUGGAGUUGACAGAGAGCUGCAGCCAGUGCUUCUCUCUGCUGGGUUCUAUCUACUCCAGGAGAGGCCACACUCACAAUGCUGUAAUGGCUCUGGGUCGUGCAGCAGCACUGGAUCCCAACAACAUAAACAUUAACAUGAAAUACAUACAAACACUGAAGGACAGUGGCCAGCUGGACCAAGCUAGGACAGUCCUGCAACAAAUGUUGACACGUCACACGAGCAGCCUGGAGCUCCUCAAGUUUGCCUUUGCCUAUUCCAUGCAGGAGCGGCGAUAUCCCCAGGCUGUUCAGUACAUGCUGAAUGCUAUCACUGUAGCCGAAAACAACCGAGAACCUACGGUGUGUACGCUGUACCGAGAUCUAGGAGAAGCUUACCGAUACAACAACGACUUCAUCCAAGCAUUGAAG